UAAAAUUUUAGAAAAGACAAAAGCUAAAAGCGUCAGAUCAGAUGCUCUGCUUGCAGCUCACAGUGGAAUAUAGGCCCUUGAGACCUCCUGUAAGAUUACGCUGGAAUUUUCUUUCCUCAAUCCACAAAUACCCCCGAAGUUGAACGUUUUUUCUUUCCCCCUGCUUUGUUUUUCCCUCUGAGGUAACCUGGUAAUUCUCCUCCCAACUCUCCCUCCUCUGUUUCCAGUUUCCACCACCAUUUCUCUAUAACCAACAGCCAUGGAUCGUCUCAACGGUCCUGCACGUCUCAUGAUAGUUUCAGAUCUUGAUCAAACAAUGGUUGAUCAUGAUGACCCAGAAAACCUUUCUCUUCUUCGGUUCAAUGCUCUUUGGGAAGCCUAUUAUCGCCAGGAUUCUUUGCUGGUGUUUUCCACUGGAAGGUCACGAAUCAGUUAUAAACAGCUGAGGAAUGAGAAGCCCCUGUUGACCCCAGAUGUAACUAUAAUGUCUGUGGGAACUGAGAUUGCUUAUGGUGAAUCAAUGGUACCGGAUUAUGAUUGGGAACAAUUUUUGGACCACAAUUGGGACCGGGAUAUUGUCAAUCAGGAAACAGCUAAGUUUCCUCAACUCAUUCCCCAGUCAGAUAAAAACCAACGACCUCACAAGGUUAGCUUUUUUCUGGAGAAGGCUGAGUCAUUAGAAGUAAUCAAGGCACUCUCAGAAUGUCUAGAGAAACGCGGGUUAGAUGUUAAAAUUAUUUAUAGCAAUGGGACAGCGUUGGAUGUAUUACCAAAAGGCGCUGGUAAAGGACAAGCUCUUGCUUAUUUGCUGAAAAAGUUUAAAGCUGAUGGAAGAGUUCCACUUAAUACACUUGUUUGUGGUGACUCUGGAAAUGAUGCUGAACUAUUCAUAGUUCCUGAAGUAUAUGGUGUGAUGGUUAGCAAUGCACAGGAAGAGUUAUUGCAGUGGCAUGAAGAAAAUGUGAAAGGCAAUCCUCAUAUAUUACGUUCUACUGAGAGAUGUGCAUCUGGAAUAGUACAAGCCAUUGAAAAAUUUACUCUUGGGCCAAAUGUGUCUCCUAGAGAUAUUAGAGACUUCAGAAAAUGCAGAGUAAAUAUUUUCAGUCCUGGUCAUGAAGUGGUGAAGUUCUACUUAUUUUAUGAGAGAUGGCGAUGUGCAGAAGUUGAGAAGUCUGAUCAGCUUAUGCAAAGUCUAAAAUCAAGCUUUUAUUUAUUAGGUACUUUUGUCCAUCCCUCUGGAAUUGAGCAACCACUGAACAAGUGCAUGGAUAUGAUGGAAAGAUUAUAUGGGGAUAAACUAGGAAAGAAAUAUCGGGUUUGGCUGGAUUGGGUUUCAGCAGCUCAGAUUGAUUUAAAUUCAUGGCUUGUGAAGUUUGAUAAGUGGGAGUCAACUGGGGAGACGAGGCAGUGCUGUCUUACAACAGUCUUACUGACUACAAAGCAAGCUGAAGAACCAGAAGCCUUCACAUGGAUGCACAUACAUCAGACAUGGCUGGAUGGUUUGGAAGCAAAAGACCAAACUACUUGGUUUUUCUAGUCUGCUGCCUGGAUCAGCAUUUCUUUCUUGUCUCAAUAAGUUCUAUUCAAUGAAAUGCAGAAAAUUCACCUGUCGUCUGGAUAAGCACUGUUUUGUGCUUAAUGAAGUCGUCGCUUACAAUGUUUGGUGAGAGCCAAGAUGCACAUUUAGAUAGGAUUCGGAGUUGAAACUAAUUCCAAGUUACCAAUGGUACAAUCUGAAAAUUUAUCAAGAUAACGUGUUUAGGGUUGUGGCAUCUGCCAAAGCCUGAAGAUCCGGUCCACCCUGAAGAUAUUAUUAUGUUAAUAAAUAACAUGUUUUUAUUUAAUUUUAAUUGUAAAAUAUAUUGAAUAUUAAUUUAAAAAUAUUUUAAUAAAAAAUAUAAAACAAAUAGAGCGGGGGCGAGUUUGGCCCUGUCUUCGGUUUUGAA